CGGGGCAAGAUGGUGAGAAACAAGCCCAGCCCUGGAGAUCCCAGCCCCAGAGAGAUCUUGGCCUCAAGCCAUGAAUUUCAGUUCUGAGUGGUUCGUCGGCCGAGUCAGCACCAACACAUCAUACAAGGCCUUCAGUUCCGAAUGGAUCAGCGCUGAUGUUGGGCUGCAGGUUGGUCUAGGAGGAGUCAACAUUACACUCACAGGGACCCCAGUGCAGCAGCUGAAUGAGAUCAUCAAUUACAAUGAGAAGUUCACCUGGCGCCUGGGUGAAAAUGCUGAGGAGUAUGCAAAGGCACUGGAGAAGGGGCUGCCGGACCCCGUGCUCUACCUGGCUGAGAAGUUCACCCCAAACAGCCCAUGUGGUCUACACAGCCAGUAUCGCCUGGCGGGACACUAUACCUCAGCCAUGCUCUGGGUGGCAUUCCUCUGCUGGCUGCUGGCCAAUGUGAUGCUGUCCAUGCCCGUGCUGGUCUAUGGUGGCCACAUGCUGCUGGCCACAGGCAUCUUCCAGCUGUUGGGACUACUCUUCUUCUCCACGGCCACAUCACUCACAUCACCCUGUGCCCUGCACCUGGGUACUGCUACGCUGCACACUCACCACGGGCCUGCCUUCUGGAUCACAUUGACCACAGGACUGCUUUGUAUGCUGCUCGGGCUGGCAAAGGCUGUGGCCCACAGGAUGCGGCCCCAAAGGCUGAAGGCUUUNAAGGCUUGCUUCAACCAGAGUACAGGGGAUGAUCCUAGACUGGAGUGGAAUUCUGAGGAAGGGGGACUCCUGAGCCCCCGAUACCAGUCCACAGCUGAGAGUCCUGAGCCCCAGGACAUUCCUUUGUCAGAGGCUUCCUCUGAGGCAUGCUGUAUGGAGGAGCGUCGCAGAGAGCCUGACUGUGCCCUAUAGCGUUCUUCUCCCUGGUGGACACCUGGACUUCCAGUCUGGUUGCAGAUCUCAUUGGAGCCCCAUAAAUUUGCCAGAACUAACUGCAGGAUGGGGUGUAUCUGAUCUGUCCCCAGCCCCGGUUUGCAGGUGGAGUAGGAAAAAGAGCCUCUUUCUAUUGAUGUUUAAAAAAAAAGCCCCAAAAUGCUCAACAGACAUUGGGGCUGUCUAUAAAACUUGUCUCUGUGUUAAGACAAAGCAGGUGUUGCCUGUUUCUGCACAGCACCCCUGCCUUCCCUUGAUGCCUUGCCUCUUUGAGGGGCAAUUUAUUGAAACUCAGUUUCAUCUAC